GGUCACCGCUUCUCCCGCCCCGCUGCCCGACCUUCCCACCGCCACCCCCUCCCCCGCGCUCUCCCCCGCCCUGGCCGCCAUGACCACCACCGCCACCGCCACCACCACCGCCGAUACCCCCGCUGCCGCACCCGCCACCACCACCACCACCGCACCCCCUCCGCCCCCGCCCGCCACCGCCCGGCCCAAGAUCUCCGCCAUGAGCGGCGAGGUGGUGGACUCCAACCCCUACAGCCGCCUGAUGGCGCUGCAGCGGAUGGGCAUCGUGAAGGACUACCAGCGCAUCCGGGACAAGACGGUUGCGGUGGUGGGUGUUGGCGGUGUGGGCAGCGUGGCGGCGGAGAUGCUGACCCGCUGCGGGCUGGGUCGGCUGCUCAUCUACGACUACGACACCGUGGAGCUGGCCAACAUGAACAGGCUGUUCUUCAGGCCUGAGCACUGCGGCAUGACCAAGACGGACGCGGCGCGGAAGACCCUGCAGG